UGGGUGCCCUUAAAUCCAACAACAACAACAACAACAUCGGGGCGGCAUGGUUUAUAGUCAUGGUUUGACUGGCUUGACUUGUUCUCUCGCUGGUUUAAUUCUGUUUUCGGGAGGAUAAAAAAAACCACAGUCAGUAAAGCAGAGGAGGAGGAGGAGGAGAGUGAGACAUUGUGUCAGUAUGAAGGCUGACGAUGCUGACGCUGACCCUCUGGUUGCUGAGAUUCCUGUAUACCUGGCAAAGACCCUGGCUGAUCAACUGUAUGUCUUGCAGUAUCCAGUGAGACCACAUUCUCACAACUACGAUGAAUCUACUAUUCUCAAGACAACCAUUAGGCCUCAGAGUGGCCAGAUUGAAAUGGAGUUGGGAUUACGUACCAGAGGACCCACUUACGACAAAAGUAAAGGAGAGCAGAUUGCCCUCAAUGUUGAUGGUGCAUUCCGAGACAAACGGGACUCAGAGGAUAAUUUCUACAAGAGCAGUGUUAUGGACAAAUUGGUUUUAACAUCUACCAAAGCUCUAAGUGAUGUUAGUCGCUAUGCAGUGGGUGUUGUCCGUGAUUCAAGCCUUCACUUAACACCUAUAGCAGCUGUCCUAGCUCUUCGACCGUCUUUCUCGUACCUUGAUCUAGCUGAUAAACGGGGACGGCAAGAGCGCAAGGACACAUCGGGCGAGGCUGAUGAUUCUGAUGACGAUGAAAAAAUCAAGAAAGUGACUGUACGGUUUGAGAAACCAGAAACAGUGAAGAGUCGCAAAGCAAAAGAGAAGAGCUACGGUUUUCUCCUGCGGCAGAUCCGGGAAGAGCCAUGGAUUGAAGUGGCUUACCACAAAUAUGGCAGCGAGCGCAGCGAUUUUGAAAUGCGGAAACUGUAUUGUAUGUACGAACACGAGCAUGUAGAUCAGUUCAGCCUGGGCUCUCAGGAAUACUUAAGCCAGUUAGUGCCGCCUACGAGGGAAGUUCAGGCGACAGCGUCAGGACUCCCAGCAAAUCUUAUAUCGCGCUCGGCUCUGCUCUCUCUUCCCCUGCACGAUCGUGUCAAAACUGUCAUGACUAAUGCUGGUGUUGCCUCAUUUGGAGAACUACUUGGAGUGUUUGGCUACGGGAGUAGUGUAGAGUCAGCGCUGUCUGUGCUCAAGGUCCUGCAGCAAGUUGCUGUUCUUGUGCAAGGCAAUUGGGUUGUUAAAUCAGAUAUACUGUAUCCAAAGGAUAGCAAGUCAGAGUCUGGCAUUCCUAAUGAACUUAUUCAGCGUGGUAGAGAUUUUGUGUUAUACCUCUUCACUAAAAACACGAAUGUUGUGCGUACCGAGGUUGGUGAUGUGGUAGGACUUCCAGGCAAUGACUUGAAGGAUAUACUGCUGGGUGUGUCUCGAUAUCAGGGAUCACGAGCAGUGUGGGAAUUUAUUCUUCCUACGGAUAUCAGCUUCAUGAAGAAAUAUCCUGAAGUUGUACAGAGACAACAGAUGAUCUGGCAGUCUAGAAGUGAACAGCUCUCUCAUAUUUUUAAAGAUAAGAGGAAAUUACGUCAUCACUUGAAGACCUCAAAACUUGGGUCCAAGACUGACCUCGUUGUAAAGAUCCCAACGCUUCCCGAUGCUCAAGGUCACGUUUCUGGACGUUACCGAUGGCGACAAGAGCACUGA